UUUAAGAAGGCCAAGAACCGUGGCGACAGCUUAAUCAUAAAUAAUGCUUUAGCCGGAAACUCCUUCCUCUACCAAGUCUUUUGAGUAGGCGCCUGAGCUGAGAUGAUCGAGGACAAUGGGGCUAUAGUGCAUCAACACGGUACAACCAUGGUACAUCCCCCAAAAAUGAGACAUCCGCAUCGAAACAAACAAGCUUCCAGGAAAUCGUACCACGUCAAACCUCUUCCCGACUGGCACGUUCACCGUGCGCCAACUGCCCCGAAGGCCAAGAAAUCGGACACGCGCACGGUAUAAAAACCCCACGACAACUCUCGAUCAGUACAAAGUAGUUUGGGGUGAGCUGCUGCUGAAGCUACGUACGUGUGUGCAAGACUCUGCGUAUUGACUACGAAAUCUUCAGCUGGACUCAACCAUUGUUGACCGACUCAACAGAGAUCCUUUUCGUUUCUGUUUGCACAUCUCUGUCAAGAUGAUGCGAGAUUUAUUGCUCUUGAUGAUUCUUGCUGCCACCUUCUGGUGCAAUGAUGCAGCGCCUCAUCGUGCCAUCAAAACUCCAUCUUUCAUUGCAUCGCUGGAUAAAGCAUCGCAGCGUGCCAAAAGAGAAAGUCCUAUAAUGCCUGUAAUAGUUGACCCAUGGAAGGUUUUUUUCACCACAACUACUUCCACCAAGACUACUCAGACCACGGUCAACCCUGAUGUGAUUGUCCCAGACCCAGACCCAAAGCCGUUGAAGAUACGUGGACUGCGAGUGUUAUCCUUAGUGACGGCUCGCUUCACUAAGACAGUGGUUGAGAGCUUUGUGGUCAACCCAGCAGAGAUGAGCCAGGAGAUCAACUUCUACAUGGAACUACCCAAAGAGGCCUUCAUAUCUGGCUUUCUGAUAGAGACUGAUGGUGUGGUGUACAACUCGCGGGUGGACGAGAAGGAAGCAGCUCAACAGGCCUAUGACCAAGCCAAAAGUCAGGGACAGACUACCGGACAAGUCAAACAAACUUCAGAAGAGAAGAAUGACUUCACCAUAUCCAUCAAUGUCGAAGCAGGAAGUGAGCUGAGAUUCAACCUGACUUACGAAGAACUUCUGAAGAGAAAAGACGGAUUCUUCGAGAAUGUGAUUUCUAUUACUCCAGGCCAGACUGUAGACCAUCUUAUAGUCGAUGUCCACAUCACUGAGCCUCAGGGAAUCAAGGAGGAAUCCGUGGAUUUCUUCGUCAAGAAACGCCUGACGGACGGGAGCACAGAGGUUCAGCGGCCAGAGUGGGCACGGCUGAAGGGCCAACACAGUGAUCGCGUCAGCGUACAGUUUCACCCCACCCCUGAGGAGCAGGAAGCUCUGUCCACCAAUGGCAACUUUGGCAAAUUUGUCGUGCGUUAUGACGUCGUCCACGGGCAAAAUGCAGGAAAUAUUGAGAUUGUCAACGGCUAUUUCGUGCACCAUUUUUCACCAGAGGGAGGGUUCCUGCCCAUACAGAAGAGCGUCGUCUUUGUUCUGGACACCAGUGGAUCGAUGAGCGGAACGAAAAUCCGCCAAACCAAAGAGGCCAUGGACACCAUCCUCUCCGAUCUCCGAGAGAAGGACGAGUUUGGUAUCAUCACUUUUUCCUCCUCGACCCGAGCGUGGAGGUCUCGCAUGGUGCCUGCCAACAAGGCCAACAUUGAAUCUGCCAAAGAUGAAAUACAAGGGCUGCAAGCAAGAGGAGGUACCAACCUCCAUGGUGGCAUAGUUGAUGCCAUCGAGAUGCUGGAGGAUGCCCAGAACAAUGAUCUCUCCACCGUCGGAAAGUUCUACCUUAUCAUCGUGCUGACGGACGGCAUGCCAACUGCUGGAGAGCUGACCAGACCAGACGAGAUCAAGAGAGACAUCCGGCGGCGUCUGGAUGGCCGAUUCUCUCUCUUCUGCCUUGGUUUCGGAGACAACUUGGACUACACGUUCCUGGAACAGCUCUCCUUGCAGAACAAGGGCCUGGCGCGGAAGAUCUACGAAGACUCGGACGCUGGCCUGCAACUCGUGGGAUUCUUUGACGAAGUCGCCACUCCGUUGUUGGUCAAUAUUAGAAUGAAGUACGACGAAAACAUGGUCAUCUCCAACAGCGUCUCGGACACUGUCUUCCCGACCUACUUUGAGGGGACGGAGUUAGUGGUUGCUGGCCAGCUAGCGGCCAAUUAUAGCCUGCCAGAGAGGGUGAUCUGUACGGUGCUCGUUGAAUCUGGUGGGAUUGAGAUAGAGCUGGAGCUUGAAGCAAACGUCCAGGAGGAAAGUGUCCUCAGCCCACACACUGUGGACGACUUCGCCCAGCGACUGUGGGCCUUCCUGACGAUCAAGGAGCUCCUGCAGAAGCGCAUUGCGGAGGAACGCGACAGCGAGAAGGCAGAAUUGACACAGAGGGCGCUAGAGCUGUCCCUCAAGUACCACUUUGUCACCCCGCUGACGUCGCUGGUCGUCGUCAAGCCCGAUGAGGAUGAUGCCCUCAUCGGAGAGCCGCAACCCAGGAUGGAAGACGAUGCAUUUGAAGACAUGAUGAUGCAUAAACCUGUUUCCAGGAAACAAAGGCCUCCUUCCCAACCCAAUCGUCAACGGUCAGGCUCAGUCGGGCCCAUUGGGCCCAUUGGGCCCAUUGCUCCACAAGGUUCAUCAAUUCUUGCGAGUCCAAUGCAUCCACCGCCAUCUGGUCCUGUUGGUCUAAACUAUGGACGUGUUGCUGGUAUUAUGCCAGCGCCUACAAGUUUACACAAAGCACCAACAAAGGCACCAACAACUACAACAACCGUUGCGACCACAACCCUUGCGACCACAGCCCCAACACCGACAACACCCAUGGGACCACCGCGCAAAUAUCGUGCUACCUUUGUGAUGCCGAUGGAGGGUAAUGGUGCAUUAUGCUUCAAUCUGAGAGCAAGACAUGGCCAACUCUACAAGCUCAUUGAUGACCAAGUGGCAGGAUUGACUGUCAGUGGUCGCAUGGCAAGUGCCUACUUGACCAACCACCUGCCCAAUGGGAAUGAGACCUUACCGCUUGUCCUCGACCGUGUGACCUUCCAAGACGGCAGCCUCGAAGUCUCCCCAGAUGGUAUCUCCAUUGGUCCAACGGUCACCUUGCCCUGGACCGGGGGCUGGACGGUCACUGUGCAAGGCCUGAAAGUCUCAGUCAGGGCUGGUCAACAGCUGACCGUCCGGGUCGGGUCAGACAUCACACUGGUCAUCCAGAAGCGAGUAGGAAACAGCUUAGAACACAAGAGGGACUUCCUUGGAUUUGAGAUUAAGAACGGCCAAGGCUUGUCUGAUCAGGUGGAUGGCAUCAUUGGCCAGUUUGAGCGUCGUGAGAUACGUCUGGAUGCCGACAGUGUGUCUGGAGAAGGUGACAGGAGGAGAGGUUCCCUCACGGUCGCUGGCCAGCGCCUGGACGUCCGCAUCUCAGAGAGGAUGGACCUUCGCGAGGACAGAGCCAGGGAGUGCUGGUGGCAUGCUGAAAGCAAUAACAUCCUGGAGAACCCACUCAGGCACUACCGCACUUAAUCAUUAAGCCAACAGGAGACCUGAGGUUUAUGGAUGCAUUCAGUCUAAUAUUGGAUUACUGAGCAUUAAGAGGUUAAUGAGGUUUUGAUAUUUACUAAGAGAUAUUGACAAUUUUCCGGAGAACCCAAUAAGGCACUACCGCACUUUAAUACAUGUAGUCAAAGACCUGAGGUUAAUGGAUACAUUAUUAGGUUUACUGAGCAUGAUAGAGGUUCAUGAGGUUUGGAUACUUACUAAGAGAUUCUAUAUUUGUGGCACUGCUGCAAUUGCAAUAACUUCCUGGAAAACUCACUGAGGCACUACCGCACUUAAUCACUAAGCCAAAAGGAGACCUGAGGUUUAAGGAUGCAUUCCGUCUAAUAUUAGAUUACUGAGCCUUAAGAGGUUCAUAAGGUUUUGAUAUUUACUAAGAGAUAUUGAUAAUUUUCUGGAGAACCCAAUAAGACACUACCGCACUUACAUGUAAUCAUUAAGCCAACCGGAGACCUGAGGUUAAGGGAUACAUUCAGUCUAAUAGAUUGCUGAGCAUUGAGAGGUGCAUGAGGUUUUGACACUUACUAAGAGAUUUUUUAUUUGAGGCACUGCUGCAAUAGCAAUAACUUCCUGGAGAACCCAAUGAGGCACUACCGCACUUAAUCAUUAAGCCAACAGGAGACCUGAGGUUUACGAUACAUUCAGGCUUAUUUUAGUUUAUACUGAGCAGAGGUUCUUGAGGUUUUGAUAUUUACUAAGAGAUAUUGAUAAUUUUCGGGAGAACCCAUUGAGGCAUUGCUGCACUAUAUACAGUAAAUGCUAGAGGCUUACUGAGGCAUCUAUAAGUGAAUGAAUGAAAGGUUUGCAGAAAAACCAUCUGGGAAUAAUUAAUUUUUUUAAAUUAAGAGAAUGGUUCUGAAAAGAACCAGCGGUAUAAUAUUCCGGUCAGUAUGCUCUGACCGUUUUCAGGAGAGUGCCUAAACUCUAAGAAAGUAAACACUUAAGUAGCAAAAAGCGAAAUCGAUGAAGUUUGAAGUUGCAUCCUGUGUUGAUGCCAAGUAGCUGGGAGCCUAGAGCAAGCUUGAUGUGCCCACUGAAGUGGAACAGAAGGGCUGCAGUCUCAAUAGAGGGAGGACCUAGGGUAUAGGAGACUGAGUCCGAGGAAAUAGCUUCGCACUCCAUCGAUUUCGCAUUUUGUACUUUUGUGUUUACUUUCUUAGAGUUUAGGCACUCUCCUGAAGACGGUCAGAGCAUACUGACCGGAACUGAAUGUUGCAUUUGAAUUGUUUUCGUUAAGCUGGAAGAACACUUACCUUUUUGUGAUUUGUGGACAGAUCUCUUAACCGGUGUUUGUGUUUAAAAUUACGUAACUUGAAAAGUACAUGAGUGAUUUGAAUGAUUCUUGUACUAAAAGAAAGCUCAUUGAUUGGGCUUUCAUAUCCUAGAUUUGAAAGUGCUACAGGCAAAACUUCAUUCAAAAAAUUCAUCUAGCCAUUUGGGUUUUGUUUGAGUCACCCUGUAGUUGUAGGACAUGGGGCACCAUCUUUGCACUUCGGGCCUAAAUUGGAACAUUGAACAAAAGUAGAGGAAACGGUUUCUUUUUUUCCCGCUGAGAUAGAGGAAGUUCAAGUCAAUGGAGAUUGUUUUUAUUGGGUUUGUUUGACGUCAUAGGAUGCCAGCAGAGCAAACUGUGUUUGUUCUGUCCAGUAGGCCUGUAUCAAUACUCGGACUGUUAAUCUCAUUUCAAGGUGGCGGACCACACGGGAUACGCUCCCGUGUUCUUUAAUUUGGAAAUGUCCAUAGUUCCACGUUUGUGGCAAAAUGGAGACGAAACUGUUCUGCUUUUUGCACGCAUAUACAUUUCUAAUCUAUCUAGCAUACAAACGUCCUUGCUCAUAAGUUCUGGCUUUUCAAUCAAUAUCAAGGGUUUUUUGUAUUUUAUUUUCUUAACAAAGUUAACGACAGCGUUAUCAUAGAAGAAGUUCAUGUUUCAGCUCGAAACUUAUAUUUCUACCAAAUAAGCCUUUUGCGUAAAGGUCUGAGAUAAAGGACACUAACGGUGUAUUGCCGUUCUCAUGGUGAAUGAAUACGAGAUCUUGGUUCAUAAUAAGGACGGGGAACCAACACGCGAACGGUGUUCGCAAACAAGAUUCUCACUUCCCACUUAUUGGGAAGUAGAUGAAGAACGUCAAGAACAAAGAUGGCGGACUAAGGCCCCUUAGUGGAACUUGCUUACUGAAUAUUGUAUAUAAAAUUAAAAGAACUUGUUCAGUGCAGGAGCAGUAAUGAUUAAAAAAAUAAAAUUGUACACGGUUUGGAGUGGACUUGGCAGCCUUGUCUUUUGCAAUUUAUAAAGCUGUUUCGGGAUUUCAAUUA